AUGCGCAGCCUCGCGCUCCAGCCGCGCCCGCUCCUCUCGCCCAGUUCCAUCGGAUGCCGCGCCCUUGCGCCGACCGCCUACCAGAGCGCCCUCUCCGACGCCGUCCUGUGGGCCGCCGACCCGAUCGUUGGCGACGUCGUCGGCCCCGUCUGCUCCGCGCUCACGUGCCGGCUCACCCUCGGCGCACUGCUUGCCGCCGCGGCGGCGGCUCUGCUGUGGCUGCCGUUUGGCGCCGUGCCCGCCCGUUUGCUGCCGCUGCUGUGCUGGUGGACGGUGCCGCUGUCGGUGGUCUCGUACUACGGGCAGGUGGCCGACACGCGGCGCACAGGCCAGUACGACGCCACCCUCGCAGAGGUUCGGCUCCGACUAAUUGGCUCGCUGGUCCGGGUCGGCACGACGCUCCGCUUCCUCGCGGGUGACCGCGCCGUGCUGGCGAACCACUUCGUCGGCCUCCUCGGCUGCUCGCUCAUCCUCCUCGCGCAGCGCGAGUGGCGCAAGACGGGUGCCCUCGGCCGCGUCGAGCUGCGCAAGGCGCUGUCGCACGACAACUGGCGAGACUACCGCUCGCUGGGCGGCUUCGAGGGGCGGUGGAGCUUGCGAUGGAGCGUCAAGGCCAUGUAUAAGAUGUCCGCAUAUAGCAUAUAA